AUGUCUGGUAAUCGUAGAAGACGAUUUACGCUUAAUUUCAGCGAUUAUCCGCUAAGUAUUCAGGAAGUACUCGAUGCUAAUUUUCUCAAUUUUGAAUUAUCAAAAUUUAAUUCAUGGACACCACAUAAUUUAAGACUUUGCUCUUGGUCACCGAUAGUUGAUGCUCGUGUGAAACAGUGUGCAAAAGCUUAUGAUGAAGAGAAUAAAUUGGUGCCAAGUUAUAGAUUUCAACCGAAGGAGAAGCCUGUGUAUGUUGUUGCUGAGAUCGAACCUAAACAUCUCAAUACAGGUGAAGAAACAUCUGACCAGAAAGGUCUUCGUGAUGCAAUUCGUGCUCGUGGACAACGAAAUGCAGAUGGAACGCCUUGCGAUGACUGUGGACAUAUUAUUGCCAGAUCUCUAGGCGGUAAAAUGGUUCAUUUUAAUCUAUUUCCCCAAUGUCUUGCUAUUAACCGCGGCUGGGCCGGCUUAAGUAGCUUAUGGAAAUGGGGUGUGGAAUUUUUGAUUCAAUCAUGGCUAACAUUGCAAAUAGUCUAUGAUCCUAUGGUGCGAUUUCACGUCGUUUUGGAUUAUCCUGAAAACUACUCUGAUUAUCCUGAUCGUCCAACAAAGAUGUAUUAUGUAAUCGAGUUUUGGAAAAAGGACGACGAUUCAUCAAGUGAUGAAAGUAAUGAAGAAGAAAAUUCGAUGCCAGAACGUGCUAAUGUUGCGUCGAUGGCAGGCAUCGUUGAAAAUAAUAUGGAAAGCUUAAGUGAUGAACAAAAGACAUAUUGUAAGGAAGAGAUACGUUGUUUUAGAAACCUUUUGAAUUAUCUACGUACUGAAACGCAAACCAUUGAAUUGCGUGAAUUUUUGGAAAUUAACAUUGAAAUAUUCGAUGAUAUUUUAGAAGAAAAUGGCGUUGUUGUAGAAGAAUAUUCAGAACCGGAGUCAGCAUCAGGUAAUAGCGGAUGGUUUUGGGAUUUAGUGCCAAUUGUGGGAUCGAUUCGAAGUCUGUCCGACGCAAUUGAUUGCGCGAAGCAAAGAGAUGUUAAAGGUUAUAUUCUUAAUUAUACGCUCGGCGUUGGUGGACUCGUCCUUGAUGUCGCAACGCUCGGUGCUGGUGCCUUGGCAUUGAAAUCUGCAUGCAAAGGUGCAGCAAAAUUAGGCGCCAAACAGAUCGGAAAACAGGUAGUUAAAUCGGCAGUUCAAGGAGCAGCCAAGCAAGCAGUAUUACAAACAGCAGUUGGUGCAGCUGUUGGUGGUGCAUUUGGUGGAACGAAGGGUGCUAUGAGAGGAAUGUUGAGAGGAGCUAUGAGUGGAGUUUGCUUCGGUGCUCUAAACGGCGGAACAGCAGGUGCAGCAAAAGCUGCUAUCAAAAGCGCCGGACAAGAAUCUGCUAAAAUAGCGACUCAGGCAGCAAUGGAUGCAGCGAAAAUAGCAGGUACUACAAUAACAAAGCAAACACUCGCUGAAACGGCUAAAGUUGCUGCAAAAGAAACCACUGAAGGAAUAACAAAAGCAGCAGUUCGUGACGUGUUAAUCAAAGAAAUGGGUCGUCGUGCAGCCCGUUGUGCACCAGAACUUAUUAAUGAUUUGGCCAAAGAAGCUCGCAAUUUUAGACCAGUCUUUUAA